AGCUUCCAGUUUGCCUCAAUGGGGACUAAGCGAAAAUCAUCAUCUUCAACCUCAAGGCCCCAACCUGAAGAGCAAAAACCUAAACUUCAACCUCCAUCUUCAUCUGAAGAAGAAGAAGAAGAAGAAGAAGAAGUAGAGUAUGAAGAAGAGCCCGAAGAAUCUGAAUCCGAAGAGAAAUCCGAAUCUGAUCUAGAAUCCGACUCCGACGGCGAAGAUGAGGCGACCAAGCGAGAUACUAUUCGGAAAAUUCUUGAACCAUUCAGUAAAGAUCAAAUAAUCCAGCAAUUCAAAACCGCAGCUUCAAAGAAUCCAUCAAUUCUCUCUCGGGUCACAUCUUUUGCCGAUUCUGACCCGACCCACCGGAAAAUCUUCGUUCAUGGACUCGGGUAUGAUGCAACUUCAGACCAAUUGCUCGACGCCUUUAAACCCUAUGGAAAAAUCGAAGAGUGUAAGCUGAUUACUGAUAAGGUUACAGGAAGAGCUAAAGGUUACGGGUUUGUGGUAUUCGAAACACGGGUCGGGGCAAAAAGAGCUUUAAAGGAGCCCCAGAAGAUAAUUGGGAAUCGUACUACUUCUUGUCAGCUGGCUGCUUUGCGAUCUGCUGUGACUGGUCAAGAUUCCGGUGGCCGGAAAAUUUAUGUUGGGAAUGUUGGGCAGGAUGUGGAUAGUGAAAAGUUACGGGCUUUUUUCGCGAAAUUUGGUGAAAUUGAGGAAGGGCCUUCAGGGAUUGAUAGUGUUAGUAGGAAGUUUAAGGGGUUUGCUAUAUUUGUGUAUAAGUCUGUUGAAGGGGCUAAUAAGGCGUUGGAGGAACCGCAGAAAUCGUUUGAUGGGUGCCAAUUGUUUUGCAAGAAAUUUGUGGAGAAUUUGAACAAUGCUGGUAGUAGUAAUGCAAAUCAAGGUGUGCAGCAGAAUGAGAUGAGUUAUGGUUUUGGAGUGACUCCUGGGAUAUUGAGUGGCGCGAGUAUGAAUGGUAUGCCCCUUUUGAUAGGGCAAAACAUGGGAUUUGGAAUUAAUCCAUUGCUUGCACCAGGAUUUAAUCCGUUGUUUGGAGGGAUUGGUGCUGGUUAUGGUAUAAAUGGCAUUAGUCCGGUUGUCAUAGCUAGUUAUGGUUCAGACCCAGCUUUGCAGGGAUUAGGGACUUAUCAGGGUGCACAAAUGUGGCAGCCUUCUUUAGGAGGGUCAGCAGCAAUGGCAACAAUAACUACACCCGCAAAAGAUUCAUCUGGCGCAGGAGGGGUGACCUAUCCCUCGUCUCUGGGCCGCUAGAUGACAGAGCGGCUCUGGGGUAUGUGUGAGAAUGGAUGAAGUUAGCAUUCUGAUGUGCAGCGUCCAACACAUUGAGAAGAUGGCUGGAAUUAGACAAUAUCUGUAAAAAGCUCCAACCAGAAGUACAUCCGCGUCUACAUUUCCUUCUUGCAACAACCAGUGUCGCAUAUCCUACCUAAAAUGCUCAUAUGUAAGCCGUUUGGUUGAGUAUUUCACAUUUGGAUUGAAUAUGAUAAGAUACAU